AUGGCGCCGUGCUGCGACGACGGCGGCCGCGAUGACGACUGGUCCCAGUACGGCCUGGACGACUUCCCUCCGCUGUGUUCAGCGCCGCCGCCGCUCGCCUUACUGGGGGGGGACGAGAGCUACUGCGAGUUGCCGUUGUUCUCCGCACCGCCGCUGACCGGCGAGCCGUACUUCUCCGAUCAGCUCCCACCCCUACCUGUGGACGGCGCAACGGUGGGCCUCGACGACGCGCUCCUGCUGCCGCUAGGGGACAUUGACCUGGAGGCCUUCGACAAUGCCGACGAGCACAAGGUGAUCGUGCCGGCAGGUCAGCGUACCGUCGGCCAAGAAUAUGCAGGUUUCGACGACGUCGGCCACGCGGAUCAGAAGCCCAUGGCCGCCAUCGCGGACUCUUUCCAACCAAGGGCCAUUGCCUUCGAGACGACCAUGAGUCGCCAUGGGGAGCACCAAAAAUCAAGCUCAGUCGCGGCAAUAGUGCUGCCACCGCCGCCGCCGCCGUCAAUGCCGCGGCCGCGCGGUAAGAGGAGCGUCGUUGACCACCGAUCAGCUCCGGCGGCACACGGGAAAACGAGGCUGGACCACAUCGGCUUCGACGAGCUGAGGAAAUACUUCUACAUGCCCAUCACCAGGGCGGCGCGGGAGCUGAACGUGGGGCUCACCGUCCUCAAGAAGCGCUGCCGCGAGCUCGGCAUCGCCCGGUGGCCGCACCGGAAGAUGAAGAGCCUCAAGUCCCUCAUCCUCAACGUCCAGGAGAUGGGCACCGGCAUGAACCCGGCGGCGGUGCAGCAGGAGCUGGCGGCGCUCGAGACGUACUGCGCGCUCAUGGAGGAGAACCCGGCGAUCGAGCUGACGGAGCGGACCAAGAAGCUGCGGCAGGCCUUCUUCAAAGAGAGCUACAAGCGGAGGAGGGCGGCGGCCGUGAACGUGAUAGAUCACAUCUUCAGCUUCGACGACCACAAGUAUCGUCACCAGCUGCUGCCGCCGCCGCCGCCGCCGCCGCUGCCGCCAAGCAGCGCUGAACGGCACGGCCAUGGCAGCAGUUUCUUUGGCUACUGA